AUUCAAAUUCAUAUUGAAUUCUAGCUGUAUUUUCAAUUGCACAGUCGACGCGCAAAGUUCGCCUUCGGAAACGUUUUGUUUUUUAAGCGCGCUUUUGUUUUGGCCAAACAAAUAGAAAAUAUAUAAUUAUUUUAAACGUGGAGAAAUACAAGUGUUUAAGAAAAACAAAUAAAUGUUAAAGAAUAAUUACUUAAUUGACAAAUAAAAAAGUAUAGUUACUCAACUUGAAAAUAUAUAAAAAAUAUAAACAUUUGCAUAAGUUAGUCGUAUAACAAUGACGUCAGCUAUAAGACCCAUUGAUGUGCUACUGCAACGAGCCGGUGUCCGCGGACAUCAGCGUGCUCCCUCUGAUUCCAAGGAGUUCCACGAGGUGACCAAACGCGAUGCACUGCGUCUGCUGGAGAACGAUGUGGAUCGUCUAUUGCAGACCACAGAGCCGGCCAGACGUCCAGCACUACAAGCUGAAAUGGGUCGCUUUGCGGAUCUCUUUGGACGUUUUCUGCAAGAGGAGGGUCCCGCAUUGGAUUGGAAUAAAAUUCAAAAGCUGCCCGAGAAUGCGGUGAUGAACUACUCCAACCUGAAGUCGCCCAAGAAUGAGCAGAAUGAGAUACGCAAUAUGUUGGAUAAACUGGUGGUGAUCAAGUUGAAUGGUGGUCUGGGCACCUCCAUGGGUUGCCAUGGACCCAAGAGUGUUAUUCCCGUGCGCUCCGAUUUGACCUUUUUAGAUCUGACCGUGCAGCAGAUUGAGCAUCUCAAUAAAACCUACGAUGCGAAUGUUCCUUUGGUGCUGAUGAAUUCCUUUAAUACCGACGAGGAUACCGAGAAGAUUGUGCGUAAAUACAAGGGUUUCCGUGUCCAGAUUCAUACCUUCAACCAGAGUUGCUUUCCACGCAUCAGUCGCGAGCAUUUCCUGCCCGUCGCCAAGGACUUUGAUGUGGAAAAGGAUAUGGAAGCCUGGUAUCCUCCUGGUCACGGUGACUUCUACGACACCUUCCGCAACUCUGGGCUGCUCAAGAAGUUCAUUGGCGAGGGUCGCGAGUACUGUUUCCUCUCCAACAUUGACAAUCUGGGCGCCACCGUUGAUCUGAAUAUACUUAAUAAGCUCGUGGGCGAGGAGAGGGCGAGCACACCUGUCGAAUUCGUCAUGGAGGUGACCGACAAGACACGUGCUGACGUUAAGGGUGGCACUCUCAUUCAAAUGGAGAACAAGCUGCGCUUGCUGGAAAUUGCUCAGGUGCCACCAGAGCAUGUGGAUGACUUCAAGUCGGUCAAGACCUUCAAGUUCUUCAACACUAACAAUAUUUGGGCCAACCUGGCAGCUAUUGAUCGCGUUUUGAGGGAACGCACACUGAACAUGGAGAUUAUUGUUAAUAACAAGACAUUGGAGAAUGGACUGCGUGUUGUGCAGCUGGAGACGGCAGUGGGUGCGGCCAUGAAGUGCUUUGAUGGCGCCAUUGGCAUUAAUGUGCCACGUUCCCGUUUCUUGCCUGUGAAGAAAUCCUCAGAUCUGUUGCUGGUCAUGUCCAAUUUGUAUACGUUGAAGAAUGGCAGUUUGGUGAUGUCACCGCAACGCAUGUUCCCCACCACACCGCUUGUCAAACUGGGCGAAAAUCAUUUCUCCAAAGUCAAGGAGUUCUUGGGUAGAUUUGCCAACAUACCCGACAUUAUUGAGCUCGAUCAUUUGACGGUCAGCGGUGAUGUGACCUUCGGACGUGGCGUCUCCUUGAGGGGCACUGUGAUUAUUAUUGCUAAUCAUGGUGAUCGUAUUGAUAUACCCGCUGGCGCCAUUUUGGAGAACAAAAUCGUAUCUGGCAACAUGCGCAUCUUGGAUCAUUAAGCAAUUAAUUGAUAUAUAUAUAUAUAUACAUACUAUAUAAGAUGUAUAUAUAUGUGUGAUAUAUGCCAGAAUCUAUCAUUAUCUCUGUAGCAUAAUUAACUAAGUUUAUGUAGUAGCCAUGUUCAAGAGUUCCAAAUUAUCUAACGCGUUUCAUUUAGCUCAAUUGUUGUUAAUAAGCACAAAGUGUCAUUUAGUAUAUAUACUUAUAUAUAUUUAUAUAAAAAGUGCUUCAGAUUUGUAUAUAGCUAAGUCCAUGAGAGUUUUUAAACACAUUUGCGAAAUUGAGUCAAAUUUAAAUAUUGAAUAAAGGCAUGUUUAUAUAAU